ACUUAGCCGAUCUGUCAUUAGUGUCAGAUUUGUCAGAAAAGAACUGCUGAUUGCUGAUAGCUGGUAUUGCAGUUAGAACCUCGUAACCUUUUUUUAUUUUUAUUGGAACUGAUUUAUACAAUUCUCCCAUGAUUUGCUCAUGAUAAUAAUGGGUUUUUCUGCGAUUCGAAAGUGUUUUAGUAGUGUUAGUUCGUUCUGAUUGAUAGCGAAUUGAUAAAUAAACGUUCAAACUGGCGAGCGACAGCGAUAGCAAGUCAAACAUGGCUUCUUCGGCUAGAUUUAUUCAAAGUCCCACGGCGUGGUGUCAGAGGAAGGUAAAUUUACGGCCGCAACACAGAGGCGUACAUUUGGUUACAGAGGAAAUCCUUAGGCAGUUGCCUGAAUUGAACCAGUUUGCUAUUGGUUUAUGUCAUGUGCAAAUUUUGCACACCAGUGCCAGUUUAGCUUUGAACGAGAGUUGGGAUCCAGAUGUUCGAGAUGACAUGGAAAUGAUGCUGAACAAAAUUGUUCCAGAAGGAUUGCCAUAUAGGCAUUCCUGUGAGGGUCCAGACGAUAUGCCCGCACACGUGAAGGCGUGCUUUCUGGGAUCGUCCCUGUCGAUCCCGAUAACGGAAGGUAAGCUGAACCUGGGCACAUGGCAAGGGAUCUGGCUGUGCGAACACCGAGACCACGCGGGCUCUCGGAAGCUGCUCAUCACCAUGAACGGUUGCCUUCGGGACAACGUCUGCACCCCAUUGUCCCCUGUCAGCCCGAUGGCCAGCACGAGCAGUUAGGGAAAGCACUCGGGGCACUCUCUCUCCAAACAUUGAUUGCUGCCUCGAGUGUUUAUUAUUUUUUCACGACUAGUGACAUAGACUUAAAAAAAUGGAAAAUAUUACGACAAUAUGUACAUAGUUGUACAUUGUAAUAUACUUUUUUUUUAAUUA